CAGCGAAUUUGGUAUUUAUUAGUAGUUUAUUGCAAGUUAAGUUGGCUGCGAUUUGGCCCACUUCCUUUUCCGUGUUAGCUGUGAAAGAAAAAACAUGCCGCUAGCAAAAGAUUUACUGCACCCUCUGCCCGCUGAGGAGAAACGCAAGCACAAGCUGAAGCGCUUGGUGCAGCAUCCCAACUCCUACUUCAUGGAUGUCAAGUGCCCGGGAUGCUACAGAAUCACAACCGUGUUCAGUCACGCCCAGGGCGUUGUGGUCUGCGCCGGCUGCGCCACCAUUCUGUGCCAGCCAACUGGCGGACGUGCCAAGCUGACAGAAGGCUGCUCGUUCCGUAGGAAGCCACAGUAAUUUGGGGCGCUUCUCGAUGAACCACAAAUUAUUAAUUUUUUAAUAAACACUCUAAAAACGUAAAGAAACCACAAAUCCGUUGAGCCCUUUUUCAUUCAAACACUGACAAAUUGCUGUCAAUUUAUUAGGCGUCGCAUAUUUGCCAAUUGGAUUGUGGAUACAAGUGACAAGCAACAACAACAUUUCGGCAGCGGCGGCAGCAGCAACAGCAACAAUUUUGAUAAUAAUUAGUUUAAAACUGCAUGUGUAAAAGCAACAACAACAUCAGGCGAGGCGCACAAUGUCGAAAUUAGGAUUGAGCAGAAACUGGCUGUAAAAUAGAGAAAACGCUUUUUAUAUAA